CAGCAUGGUCCCGACCAGGUGUAUGAGCUGAUCUCUGCGGGGGAUCACAUGUGGUCACUACAGGACUGAGAUCAGAGGUUAGCUUGCUGCCAUCAUGAUUCCUGUGGCCGAGUUCAAGCAGUUCACCGAGCAGCAGCCGGCUUUCAAGGUGCUGAAGCCCUGGUGGGAUGUCCUGACUGAAUAUAUAACCGUUGCCAUGCUCAUGAUUGGGGUUUUCGGAUGCACCUUGCAGAUAACUCAGGACAAAAUCAUCUGUCUUCCAAAUCAUAUCUCAGCAGAGAGAGUUUCCCAAAUACAUUGUCAGCAGUUCAUCCAAAAUACAGAAGCCAUGAACACUACUGAAGAAGAUGUGACUGGAUUCACUCCUCCCCCACCUGUUGCCUCGGGACCUCCGCGUGUGAUGAGUGGACUGAAAAACAACUUGGACCUUCAGCAAUACAGCUUCAUAAACCAAAUGUGCUAUGAGACAGCCCUGCACUGGUACGCCAAAUACUUCCCAUACCUCGUGGUCAUUCAUACCCUUGUGUUUAUUAUUUUUGGCAACUUCUGGUUCAAGUUUCCUGGUACAAGCUCCAAGAUAGAGCACUUCAUCUCCAUCUUAGGCAAGUGUUUUGAAUCCCCGUGGACAACUCGAGCUCUUUCCGAGGUUUCUGGAGAAAGCAGCCAGGAGAAACCCAUGGACAGAGAGCUUUCGAAGCCUAAUUUUGAGGAGAACGGCCCUGCAGGUGCUGAACUUCCAGUUCCAGAAAAGCUGGUGGCAGACACGCCUUCAGCUAGUGUUUUGGACAAAAAGGAAGGAGAACAAGCCAAAGCCCUUUUUGAGAGAGUCAAAAAGUUUAGGCAUCAUAUAGAAGAAGGGGAUCUUCUUUAUUCCAUGUAUAUGCGUCAGACGAUACUGAAAUCUUGCAAAUUCGUACUAGUGACAAUCUACAAUGCUGUACUGGUAACACAAAUACACUUCAUUGUCCCCUGCAGUGUACACACUGAAGACAUGACUGGAUACAACAGCUUCUGCUGCAACCACACCAAAGCUCACCUAUUUUCUAAACUAGCCAUCACCUACUUGUUUUUCCUGGGGAUGUAUGGUUUGACUUGCAUUUAUACACUGUUUUGGCUCUUCCGUCGUCCGCUGAAGGAAUACUCCUUCCGGUCUGUACGGGAGGAAACUGGGAUUGGAGAUAUCCCUGAUGUCAAAAAUGACUUUGCAUUUGUUUUCCACUUGGUGGAUCAGUAUGAUUCUCUCUACUCUAAGAGGUUUGCAGUCUUUUUAUCCGAGGUCAGUGAAGGUCGAUUGAGACAGCUGAAUCUUAACCACGAGUGGCCAGCCGAUAAACUUAGACAGAAACUUCAGCAAACGCCAGAAGGCCGCCUGGAGCUACAUCUCUUUAAGCUGCCGGGAUUGCCAGAUACCGUAUUUGAGGUGACGGAGAUUGAAUCUCUAAAACUUGAAAUGCUGACUGAAGCUAUGAUCCCGCCUCUGGUGUCCAAGCUCGUCAGACUGGAAGAAUUGUCCUUGUUCAACUGCCGAGCCAAAGUGCAGCAUGCCUCCCUGGCUUACCUACGCGAUCACCUCAGGAUCCUUGAGAUAAAGUUUGACGAUGUUAAACAGAUUCCUCUUUGGGUGUUUAGCCUUCGUACCCUUGAGGAGCUCCACCUGAUUGGAUUCUUGUGCCAAGACCUCUCAAAAACCGCUACUCUGGAGAGCUUGCGGGAGCUAAAGGGCCUUAACGUCCUUUUUCUGAAGAGCAAUCUUUCUAAAGUACCCCAGACAGUUACAGACGUGGCUAGCCACUUACAGAAACUUAGUAUCCAAAAUGAUGGAACGAAGCUUCUCACUCUUAAUGCUUUAAAAAGGCUUUCUCUGUUGAAAGAACUGGAGUUGAUUCGAUGUGAUUUAGGACGUAUACCCCAUGCAGUCUUUAGCCUUACCAAUUUACAGGUGCUGGACCUAAAGGACAAUAACUUACACACCAUCGAGGAGAUCAUAAGUCUGCAGCACUGUCGAAAGCUAAGUGUCCUUCGACUUUGGCACAAUCACAUUGCUUACAUCCCUGAACACAUCCGUAAAUUAAAGGUACUAGAAGAGCUGUGCUUGAAUCGGAACAAGAUUCUUGUAUUGCCACCUCAGCUCUUCCUUUGUACCAAGCUGCGCCACCUUGACCUCUCCCACAACGAGAUCCGAGAGUUACCCCCAGAAGUUGGAGUCUUGCAGAUGUUGCAGUACUUGGCUUUGACUGGAAACUUUUUAGAAGAUCUUCCCAAUGAGCUUUUCUUCUGCCAUAGGCUUAAGACUUUGAAGUUGGCAAACAAUAAACUGGCAAGCUUGCCCCCCAAAAUUGGGUCUCUUGUGUCCUUAGUGAGGCUUGAAAUAAAAGGGAACUUGAUUGAUAUUUUGCCUCGGGAACUUGGAGCAUGUGUUGCUCUUAAGAAGUCGGGUUUUAUAGCGGAUCCUUCGUUACUGGACACUUUACCACUUGAUGUGAGGGACAGACUAAGUGAAGAAUGAUGAUGGGUAAAGCUAUAAAUGCUAAAAUAUUACAACAGACAGCAAGCUAGCUAGAAACGGGGAACAAAAUAGCGGCCAAGAAGAUGUUUCUGUGGGAUGA